AUGGCCGCUCCACAGGGAAGGGCUCGAGCGGACUACGAUUACCUCAUAAAGCUCCUCCUGAUCGGCGACAGUGGUGUGGGUAAGAGUUGCCUUCUUCUGCGUUUCUCUGAUGGUUCCUUCACCACAAGUUUCAUUACCACCAUUGGAAUUGAUUUUAAAAUCAGAACCAUUGAACUUGAUGGCAAACGAAUCAAACUCCAAAUCUGGGAUACAGCUGGUCAGGAACGGUUCCGUACGAUCACAACCGCUUACUAUCGUGGAGCCAUGGGUAUCUUGUUGGUGUACGAUGUUACGGACGAAUCGUCUUUCAACAACAUUAGGAACUGGAUUCGCAACAUUGAGCAACAUGCUUCUGACAAUGUGAACAAGAUACUGGUAGGGAACAAGGCUGACAUGGAUGAAAGCAAAAGGGCUGUGCCUACUUCCAAGGGCCAAGCACUUGCUGAUGAGUAUGGCAUCAAAUUCUUUGAAACUAGUGCGAAAACAAAUCUCAAUGUGGAGCAAGUGUUCUUUUCAAUAGGAAGGGAUAUAAAGCAAAGGCUUGCGGACACUGACACAAGGGCAGAGCCCACGACAAUUAAGAUAAAUCAACCCGAUCCAGCUGCUGGGGCUGGUCAAGUUGCCCAAAAAUCAGCUUGCUGCGGUUCGUAG